AUGGCCCCAGCUGAAGUUAAAAGGGGAGGUGAUGAUUAUGACAUUCCAAAUGAAGCAGAUGACACUCGUUUGAUCAAUGAAAGUCGGGCGGAACCUUAUCGUGGUUGCCAAGCUGGUUCGAGCAAUAAAGAAGCAACCGACAUGAACGUUGAAGAUGGCGGAGUCGAUGUAAAAAAAGAAAUGAUUGACGAUGCUCAUCGCAAUGACAUGGUUAGUGAUGUUGAACGUGCUAUUCUAGAACAGAAAUUUGAUUCGGUCGAAGAUGGAGAAGCUUUUUACAAUGCGUAUGCUAAAGCAAAGGGAUUUAAUGUUGGUGAAGGGAGAAAGUAUGUUGUGACUCACUUUGUCGCAGACCACAACCUUGAAUUGGCGGAACAACACUGUGUGAUGUAUUUGAGGUCACAUCGCAGUUUAAACAGCGCUGACAAAGCUCAAGAAAUGGCUAUGCGCAACGUCGGUGUGAAGACUAGCCAAAUCAUGGACUAUAUGGUAAAUCAAUCCGAGUCUUAUGAGAAUGUUAGUUUCAUCCGUACGGAUCUGCACAACCAUAUUCAAGCCGAACGUAGAGCAGAAGUUGAGGAUAGUGAUGCGCAGGGUGCAUUGGUUUUGGAAACAUUUAUGGAGGCGAUGGGCAAUAAAGCACCUGUGUCCCUACUGACAGAUGGAGAUAAGGCGACGCGAGAGGCAAUUAGAAGAGUAUUUCCAGACGCAAGACAUCGAUUAUGUAAUUGGCAUCUUGGAAAAAAUGCUAUUUCAAAUGUUCACAAAAGUGGCUUUGCACAUGCUUUCAAGCAGUGCAUGGACAUGGAAACAAAUGAGGCAAAGUUUGAGCAUGGCUGGACGAGAAUGGUCGAAAAAUUUGGACUUCAAACCAAUAGUUGGGUGUUAGAGACAUAUGAGAAGCGUCAUGUGUGGGCUGAGCUAUAUGAAUUUGUUAGACACUAUGAUCGGGCUCUUGCAUGGAUAAGGUAUAACGAGGCUGGAGAUGAUGCUGAAACAAAUAACACUUUACCGGUAUUGAUUACCCCAUUGCGAGAUGUAGAGAGACAUGGAGCUGAGCUAUUCACCCGAAAUAUAUUUAGAAUGUUCCGUCAUGAAAUCUUAGAAGAGGGGAAGUUGAAUGUCAAGGAUGUGUUCAAUUUGUCGGAUGGUCAAAAAUGCUACUAUAUUCAUAAUUACAAGGUGAAGGAUAGGUCAUGGAUAGUAACACACAAUCCAGUGGAUGCUGCAAUGAGAUGUUCUUGCACGAAGUUUGAGUCGUUGGGCCUACCUUGCUGUCAUAUGAUAUGUGUUAUGAAAGCCGAAAAUUUAACGCAAAUUCCCCCAACUUGUGUGCUGCAUAGAUGGACAAGGGCUGCGAGCAAGGAUGGCCAGCAAUGGCCUCAACCCUCAAUUGAUAGCACUACAACACAGACGGCCCGAUAUGGGAUAUUGAGUUCUUCCUACAAUAAAAUGUGUUUUUAUGCCUCGCAAUCAAAGGAAGGUUUCAAAGAGGCUAGGGAUGCAUGUCUUCCAAUGACAAGCCGGAUGAAAGAGUUAUAUGAGAGGAAUUUGAACAAUGGGGAUGGAGACAAAGGGAAACAUUCAAUCCCACGACAAUUUGGAGUAGAAGAUCCUGAUCUUGUGAAGACAAAAAAGAACCCGGGACGGGCCUCGUCCAACUGUUGA